UGAGUCACGCUUAUUAAAUACAAGAAGAAGAACCACCGCUCAAGCAGCCAGAAGUCGGUUAGUUCCGCCCAGUUGACCAGCAAGCAUUCCGCGGAGAAAAUGGAACAUCUGGGCCGAGCUCUGUGCAUUAUCACCGGGGCCUCCAGAGGCUUUGGCCGAACAAUAGCGAAUGAAGUGUCCCAGCUGGUGAAGCCCAGGUCGGUUUUAAUCCUGGUGGCCAGGUCAGGUGACGACCUGCGGGCUCUACAGAAACAGAUGUCCGGGUCAGACCUAAAGGUUCGGUGUGUCGUGACGGAUCUAUCGUCCAUGGAAGGAGUGGAGAGUGUCGUCCGAACCGCGAAAGAAGCUUUUUCAGAGGACAUCCAACAUGUUAUUCUGUUCAAUAACGCUGGUUCUCUAGGUGACGUGUCCCGUUUCUCCUCAAGCUUCACCAGCAUGGCUGAGGUUGAUUCCUACUUGUCUUUCAACGUGAGCUCCGCCCUGUGCCUCACUGCCGGCAUACUCCAGGCUUUUCCAAAGCAAGCAGGUCUGCGACGCUGUGUGGUCAACAUCUCCUCGCUAUGUGCCCUGAAGCCGUUCCCCUCCUGGGUGCUGUACUGCACAGGCAAGGCGGCCCGGGACAUGAUGUUUAAGGUUCUGGCAGAAGAAGAACCAGAACUGCGUGUGCUCAAUUAUGCUCCAGGUCCUUUGGACACAGACAUGCAGGCGUUGGCCCGGACCCAAACAGCUUUUGGCAGCAUGAGGCAGGCGUUUGCAGACAUGUUUGCUCAGGGCCAGCUGCUCACGUGUGAGGCCUCCUGUGCCAAGCUGAUGAAGCUGCUGCUAGAAGACAAAUACACAUCAGGAGAUCACAUUGAUGUAUAUGAUGUGUAGAUGCUGGGGCUAUAUAUUAAGUAAGCAUACUUUCUCAUUGAGGUAGCACCCAACUAUAUAUAAUGACGAUUUUAUACCGUGAUCAACCUGUACUGAUUGUUGAAGCUAUUUUAAAAUUGUCUUAUGUCAAUGAUAUGUAUCUUGAUACAGUAAUCUCGCUUCAUAUUUCACGGCUUUAUUCUAUCACAUUUUUUCAUUGAUAAAUCAUUGCCAUUUCAUGAUUGAAUAUGGCCCAUAAAUAGUCCAAAAUCAGCUUUUUAAAGCAUAUUUUCUGCCUAAAUGAAGCACUGUCAAGAAUAAAAAUAGCUAAAUUAAAUAAAAUACAAAUAUAAGGCGCCCUGCAAUUAGCUGGCAACCAGUCCAGGGUGUCCCCUGCCUCUUGCUCGACAGCUGGGAUAGGCUCCAGCACCCCUGUGACCCUCGUGAGGAUAAGCGGUAGAAAAUGAAUGAAUGAAUAAAUAAAAUACAAAUAUAAGGCGCCCUGUUAUUGGCUGGCGACCAGUCCAAGGUGUCCCCUGCCUCUCACCCAAAAUCAACAGAGAUAGGCUCCAGCCUAUCCCUGUGACCCUAGUGAGGAAAAGCAGCAUAGAAAAUGGAUGGAUGGACAAAUAUAAGGCUUUCAGAAGAAUGUCAUAAAAUACCUGCAAAAUUCCUCCAAUGCUAACAUGUGAGUCUAUUUUAUGACUUAUAUGUGUUUUUUUUUUAUUAAUAUUGAUUAUAUUGGGUAGUAGGAGUGUAAAGGUGACUAUGGGGGUGUUAUUUCAUGUCUAAAGGACUCUAAUAAUGUUAAAACCCUUAUUUACUAUUUACAAGGUUGUAAACAGGUUUUCUAUCCUCCUAAAUUUGUCAUUUACCCUAAUUUAUGGUGUAUACUACUAACUACUACUACUUUUUUUCUUAAACAUUGAACCCUGUGGUUUAUACAGCGGUGCAGCUAAUGUUAAAUUUUAAUCCCAUGACAUAACCUUUAUUUCAGAACUAGUACUAAUUGUAGUACUAAUUGCCACUGAGCUUGUCGUUAGUGCUUCAUUUGGCAGGAUCCAAUCACAAGCUAUCAGUGCAGUCACAACAAGCUUGUCAGCCCAUUGGAAAUUGAAUAAGGUUGUGAUAUUACCGUAAAACAAUAUAACGGUCAUCUUAGAAAGAUCACUAAACUCAUCACACAGCAAGUUAACACUCAAAAGGUAUACCUGAGAAAUAUAAAAACGCACCAAUACGAGUUUAAAAUGAAAGAACGACUUUUUUAAAGUUUUCCCACAAUGCAUUGCUUCUGAGCAACACAUUCAUUGGUGUGCUGCAAUUAUUUCAGCCUCCUCUGGCUCCUUCUGGUAGACAGAGGCAGACAUUGCAGCACCAUCUAUACACCUAACAAGUUCUUAUGCAUCUUGUUCUGAGUGACACAUGCUACAAAAUCUUGUUAUUUUGUUAGAUAUUUUUACUAGGAUUACGGAGGACCACAUGUGCCUUGACAAUUUAGCAUCCUUGAUUUAUUCCGAUCAUGAUUUAAUGGGGGGCGGUGGUCUAGGGGUUAGCGCGCAGACCUCACAGCUAGGAGACCAGGGUUCAAUCCCACCCUCGGGCAUCUUCUGUGUGGAGUUUGCAUGUUCUCCCCGUGCACGCGUGGAUUUUCUCCGGGUACUCCGGUUUCCUCCCACAUUCCAAAAACAUGCUAGGUUAAUUGGCGACUCCAAAUUGUCCAUAGGUAUGAAUGUGAGUGUGAAUGGUUGUUUGUCUAUAUGUGCCCUGUGAUUGGCUGGCGACCAGUCCAGGGUGUACCCCGCCUUACGCCCGAAGACAGCUGGGAUAGGCUCCAGCACCCCCCGCGACCCUCGUGAGGAAAAAGCGGUAGAAAAUGAAUGAAUGAAUGAAUGAUUUAAUGGUGCCGAUUCCAAUACCGGUCAUCCAUGAAUGACAUUGGCCGAUACCAAUGGCAUGGAUUAACUGUCCAUUUUUCUGUGUACUGUAUUUAGGAGUGUUAUUGUCCAGGGUUGCCAUUAGACAAUUCCAAGGGCCCCUGGCAAGCAGGUCAUGUUCUAAAUGUCAACAAAUAAAUAGUGUUCGGAGGACAGGACCUAAUUCGUAUGACAACAAUAGGAACUUGAAAAACAUAUUACAUAAAUCGGGUAUGUACUAUCUACUUCUCUCUAGGACAAAAGCGAGCUCCAAACUAACCGCAUUGCUUGUUUGUUUUAAAAACAAACACAGUGGUGAAAAAGUCACAUUUGGAGUCUGAAAAGGAGAGUUCUCAGCGGAGAAUUCUAGCUAGUUACCUGGUAGAUGUGGUGUAAAGAAAGGUACAAGAGAAGUCGAGCACCAAUAUGUUUAUUAAGGGAGUGAUCAAACACUGGCAUGGAUUGGAGUAGCCUGGGUCACGCUGUCAUGUCUGUGUUGUCAUGACAUGAAUUGUCAUAUCACCGCCACACAUUUACAGUGUUGGGCACGUUACUUUAAAAAAGUAGUUAGUUACAGUUACUUCUCAAAAAAAGUAACUGAGUUACUCCACUACAAAAGUAACUAGUUACCAGUAAAAGUAACUAUUGCAUAUUGCAUAUAUUGCAAAUUUUCUUGCAUAUAUUGCAUAUUCUCUGAUUGGCUGAAGACGCAAUUUUACACCAGAGCCAAUCGUCAUUGCUUAUGUGUUAUCUCACCCCCUCCCUUGUCACCCUGCAACAUUAGUUAUGAAGUCGGUGAUAUAUUUUUAGGCGGCUUCAGUAACGUGCAGUAACGUGUCAAAAAUGAGUGUCAAAAAUGAUAUCGGCAUCAGUAAAAAAUGUAAAAAAAAAAUGGUGGAGAGUAAAAGUAAAAAUAAUUAGUUUGAUUACCUGUUACUGAAAAAAGUUAGUAACACUAAUGUUAUUUUAAACGCCGUUCUUCCCAUCACUGCACUUCUAUGUUUUUUUGUUAUCGGCUUUCAAAGGCAUUUCUCAGCAUAUGCCGAUCAUGUGUAUUUACGGAAAUUGGUGGAUACUAAUCUCUGGCCGAUCUAUCGGAGCAUCUCUCGUAUUCACAUACAUUUUGUGAACUAAACAUUCUUCAUGUUUUCAUUUUCCUUUGUCUGGUGUCCCAUGUGAUGCAUGUGUCAUUGUUUAAAUAAAUGGUUUAAAUGACUCACCAUUAUAGCUGUAUGUAAUAAUACAAUAACAAUCAUAAUGUAUGUUGUAUGGUCUCUAAAUAUAGUUCUGUCCUUCCUUAUCACUGUACUGUACAAUGUGAAUGAUUCUUGACCAAACAGUAUAUAAAAUAUCACAUUCCAAAAUGUAUAUUUACAAAAUCAGGAUCGAUACCUCUACCUACCCUCACGACCCCAAUGAGGGUUAAGUGGCACAGAAAAUUAAUGAUCAAUAAAUUAUUGAUUACGCUA